AUGGACAAGAGACCGUUUGACCAGUUAGAGCCGGAGUCCACGCCGACGCCCGUUUCGGAGACCUCGUCCAAGCGUGCGACGCCAGACGCUGCCGCCACCACCGUGAAUGGCGGCUCGUCCAAGGUGCCAGCACACGUUCUGCAGAAAAGACGGGAGGGCCGUCUGCGGGCGAUGGAGAAACUGCAGAACCGGCUCGACGAGCUAGGCAUCAAGCGUGUGGACCAGGAGAACGCGCUCAAGUUCAGCUCCAUCCCGCUCAUCCAGGCCAUAAACCAGAAAAACUACUACACCGACUACCUCAAGAAGGACGACCAGAUCAUGAUGAUCCGCGAGAUGCGGCAGCGGCUGCUGGAGGCGCGGCUCGCGAAAAAACAGGCCGAGCUCGAGCGCAAGCAGGAGUCGCAGAACAUGAUCAACAAGAUCAGCACCCACGGCUUCGACUUCGACGACAACGACGAGGACGACGAGGACGACGACAACGGCAAGAUGGGCUCGAAAAUCAUAGUUCUGCACCCGGGCUCCGCCAAUAUUCGUAUUGGUCUGUCCAGUGACGUCGACCCGAUGGUGAUCCCCAACAUGGUGGCCCACAGACGGCCGGCUCCCAAAACCAGCGUGGACCCGCUGCGGUGCGAGGACGAGAACGGCGAGAUGAGCAUUGUGGACGAGCAGUUUGUCAAUGCCAAGCGCACGGUCACGGCGAACUUUAAGGAGCGGAUGAAGUUCUACAAAAGGCGCAUUUUGCCCAACUCCAACGAGCAGUGCUACAAUUACAACAAGCGGGUGCAGCCCGAGACAAUCCCAGAGCUCGACGACGUGCACAAACUGGACUAUUUCGACAAGGUGCGGGAAAACUACGUGACCGGCGCAGACGUGCUGAAAAUCAAAGACCUCGAAAACUGGCAGGUCAGAAGCCCGUUCCUCAACGGCAGGUUCAACGACAGGGACAUUGCGUACAAGUCCGAGCAGGAUCUUCUCGGCGACAUCAAGCUGAUUCUGAACGAUGCACUCAAGCGGUUCAACAUAUUCAACAGAAAGACGCUCAACACGUACAACUGCGUGCUGGUCAUCCCCAACCUGUACGACAAGGUGUACUGUGAGAAAAUGGUUGGAUUUUUGUUCAACCUCGGAUUUGGCCAGGUGGCCGUGUUCCAGGAAGGCCUUGCAGCGACAUUUGGGUCGGGCGUGAGCUCGGCGUGCGUCGUGGACAUCGGCGCCACGUCGACCAAGGUGUGCUGCAUCGAGGAAGGCUACAUUUUCCAGGACUCGGUGGUGGACUUGUCGUACGGCUCGAACGACAUCACGCGGGCGCUGAUCAAAAGCCUGAUUGGCCAGCAGUUUCCGUACAGAAACAUCAACCUGAACGAGCUCUGCGACUGGACGCUUGCGACGCAGCUCAAGGAGAAUAUUGUUACUUUCAACGACGCCAACGUGGCUGUGCAGAUUUUCAAGUUUGUGAACAGGCGGCCGGGCCAGCUGAGUGAAAAAUACGAGUUCAAGUCCUUUGACGACGUGAUGGUGACGCCGAUGGGACUGUUUUAUCCAGAGCUGUUUCUGGAGGACGGCGACGCGCGCGAGGAGAGCACGAUCCUCGGCAAAUGGUCGCCCAAUAAAAAGCUGACCCGGGGCUUAAUGGAACGCAGAGUUGCGAAAAGCGCGGCACACAAGAACGAAACCGAGCGGAAACUCAUCUCCGAAAUGGACACCAAAGACCUGAUGGACCAGCUGGUCAGCAGCGCGGCAGAGGAAACGGAAGCAGCCGACGGUGAAACGGAUGAAAAAGUGACGCAGACGAAUGACUUCCGGGUAAACAUGACGCCAUUGGACAAGGCCAUCAUCGAGUCGAUCACGUACGCAGCCAGCGGCGACCAGCAGCGGCUCGAGAAGCUCUACCAGAACAUCCUGAUUGUUGGAGGCGGGUCCAAGAUUGAGGGUUUGGACACGAUUCUGGUGGACAGACUACAUUUGAAUCGUGUGCCGCUUCUUGCGUCCAACAAAUUGGCAGAAAUCACCAAGCAGGCGCAACAAUGGAAAGACAAGGAGAAAGAAUUGAGCGAGCAGCAUGUUCAGGAGAUAAACAAUACGGUUGCGUCCGGGGGAGUGACGACGAUCGAGAUCAUUGCGAACGACGAAAAUUUAGAUCCGUCGAUGCUGGUCUGGAAAGGCGCGUCUGUGUUUGCACGGCUGAAGAUCGUGGAGGAAAUGUGGAUUGGCGAGAAGUACUGGGACAUUUUUGGCGGCCGCGCGCUAAGCUACACGACGCUGUUUAACUACUAGAAACGCGAUUAGCAAAUCCUAAUUUUUCCCAAUUUUUUUCCAUUCUUUUUGGUCUCCACCUCACACCUCGCCGCGCUUUCACCCGGUCGGGCUGGCGGUGCUCGCAAAACAAAAUGCUUUCCACCAAAAACCACCUCACUGUUUAUUUCUCUCACCGAAAAUGUUAAGAAGAGCCUUCUCAACCACCAGAGCAGCCAGAAACUACUCGGACACGAUCAAGAACCUCAAGAUCAACAAGGACACCAAGGUGAUCUACCAGGGUUUCACGGGAAAACAGGCCACCUUCCAUGCUGAGCAAGCCUUGGCAUAUGGUACCCAAAUUGUUGGUGGAACCAACCCAAAGAAGGCCGGCCAGACCCACCUGGGCAAGCCCGUGUUUGCCAGUGUUGCGGAUGCCAUCAAGGAGACAGGAGCUACCGCCAGCGGUAUCUUUGUUCCUCCUCCGAUCGCGGCCAGUGCCAUUGAGGAGGCUGUUGAAGCUGAAAUCCCGCUGGUGGUCGCCAUCACUGAGGGAAUCCCGCAGGCAGACAUGCUGAGAGUGUCACAGAUGCUCAGAACCCAGUCCAAGACCAGAUUGGUCGGACCUAACUGUCCGGGAAUCAUUGCUCCAGAGCAGUGCAAGAUCGGAAUCAUGCCCCAAAACAUCCACAAAAAGGGCAGAAUCGGCAUUGUUUCGAGAUCUGGAACCCUCACGUACGAGGCCGUCAACCAGACCACCAAGGUCGGUCUGGGCCAGUCGCUGGUCAUCGGAAUGGGAGGUGACCCAUGUCCAGGUACCAACUUCAUAGAUGCCCUGACACUGUUCCUGAACGACCCAGAAACAGAAGGUAUCAUUUUGAUCGGUGAAAUCGGCGGAGAGGCCGAGGAAGAGGCUGCCGAGUACCUCAAACAGUACAACCUCGCCAGAGACGUUCCAAAGCCCGUUGUCUCCUUCAUUGCCGGUGUUACUGCUCCUCCAGGAAGAAGAAUGGGCCACGCCGGUGCUCUGAUCUCGGGCGGCAAGGGUACUGCCAAGUCCAAGAUCGAGGCUUUGACUGCUGCCGAGGCCGUGGUUGUGCCUUCUCCAGGCAGACUCGGUAAGGCUCUCUACGACCAGUUCGUCGAGAAGAAGUUGCUCUAGACGGUAAAUAGCUGAUAUAAUCGAUUCAAGCUCUUUUCACACCUUGCUGAGCCGUUCUUUCAGGCUCAGCAGCUCAUUGUUCAAAACAGCCACACGCUCCAGCUUCUCGCUGUUCAUCUCCUGCUCCAGCUCUUUGUACAACCGGAAAUACUCCCUGUACGUCUGCUGGAACCGGCGAAUAUCAUUUACCACGUCCGGCCGCUUUUUGUGCGGACUGGCAAGUCUGCCCUGUUCGCCCAGCCAGCUGCGCACAAUCAUCCGUUUUCUGACCCGCCCGAGAUGCGCGGCCGUGUUGUCUCUUCGCACACCGUAAACCUCUGUCGCGUACUCGGGCAGACUCGAGAGCUCGAGCCGUCGGCCGCCCGCCUUAAUUUCUGUGAUCUGCCCCUUGCGGAUCACGACUUUGAGCCCGUCGCGCGCGCUUGCCAGCUCUGCCGCCUGCUGGUCGCUCAGUCUCAGCAUGGCGCAAUGUCCACCCUUUUGCUCGCCUGCCAAACGGUAUGUGUGG